CGGUACCACAGUUCCCGUAACGGUCGAAACAUGCGUGGUUUGCUACUCGCUUCCUUAGCCCUCGCGCUAUUGCUCGGAGCGGCGUUACUCAAUGUCGCUGAUGCAGGGAAGGCACAUGCUCCGGGCCAACAGAAAAAGAAAAGCCCAAAGCCCAAGCCGUCUCCUUCGCCAAAGCAGAAGCCCAUGAACCCCUUCGCCAAGCUACCCCGAAACCGGUACGUCAUGUCGGCAGACACAUGCGCCCCCACCUGCCCCAUCAACACCGCCAAGCCGCUGUGCGCGCUCUUCGAGGACGCGGCCUACGCCCCCGCGGACGCCGGCGCCGCCGACUGCAGCACGCUCGUGUCCGAGUCCGGCCUGACCCAGAUCGCGGUGGCGGGCGGCCGCCUCACGGCGCAGCACGGCGCCGAUGCGCUGCUGUCCACCAUCUGGCCGCUAGAGGCGGAGGAUGAGGGCGUGGCGGUGGCGGCGGUGGCGCCGAACGGCAAGGGCAGCUGGGGCAUCAAGCUGGCAAACGGCACCACUGUGGAUGGGCCCGCCUACUUCAGUCGCGAGCUGGGCACCGGCUGCCUCAAGCCAAAGUUCGGCGGCGCGGCGGCGGGGCCGUUCUACCUGUUGGCGUACGAGGGCCAGGGACUGGAGGACAACACGCUCCGCCUGGUCAACGCCAAGCGCCAGCCGGUUUGGCGCAGCGGCUCCUGCGACGGCAGCAGCGGCGACGGCUCGCACUAAAGCAACACAGCAUCCGCCACACCGGGGCGUGUGCUCGACCAUCCGCUCCGCUCCAUCAACUCAUCAAUCAGACCAUGAACCGCCAGUCGGCCAGCGGUGAUGUAAGGACUUUCCAGGCCCUAAGCAAGAACGGUGCUUACCUCUACAUUAUAUGUGCGGACCUCAAGAAAGAGUGGUGGCUUCAUACCUAGUGCAAGCGGGAGUGCUCUUUAGCAGUGACAGCAGCCCCUGCUGUUGCGUGAUGUGUCUUACUAGGCGGAGUACCACCCCGUGAGCUUAGCGUCAUCCUAGGUCAUAGAGACGGCGCGCAUUUGGUACGGUGAGACACGCCGCUGUAGAGGUUGCAUCAAGGCGGGCUGGGUGUGACUGCUGCUCCCCUGCUGCCUAGCGUCUCGAUAGUUGCAUGGACAGUGGGCACAAGGUGACCGAUACACGCAAGCGACUACUCUAUCUUUAUGUUUUUCUGACUCGUGACCACUGAAGCACAGACAGGCGCAGAGAGCUGGUUGUGUUUCCUCUGCCGCCACGCAUCGGAUUGCCUAUGACACGGAUAUAGUGCCUUCCUACGCCUUGCUUCUUGCUUGAUGAGGUUGCCCUUCAUUGCGUUAUAACAUUCAUGCAUACGCGUUUUGCAAGCGGUCAUCAGGGUUGGCUCAUUGGCUGGCUGGUUGCGAGGCGUCGACCUUGUCUGGUGUGUGUGUGUGUGUGGUUUGCCCCAGUUGCCGCUUGGCCUUGAAGGAAAUCAAGCGGAGGCACAUCCCCGCUGGUUGGCUCCGCACUGCGACUCCCACUGCAAUACAUGCGCUCUGUAACGUUAUCCAUUC